UCCAUCUCACUCUUUCUUUUUUUUUUUAUUAUUACACAUUCAUAAUAAUUACAUUCAACCCCACAUUCCUACCAUCCACCUCUCUCUCCCUCUCUCCUACAUUCCCAUUCUCUCUUUCUCUUUCUUGCAAGCUUAAUUCAGUCGAUACCGAAUUCAUAAUGGGCGCUUGUUGCGGAAAGCCAAAUCGCAAGGGCCAGGGUUAUGUCCUAGGCGAUAGCAAUACCCCAUCCAAUGCCUCUGCAACAAAGACAAGUGCCAACACCAAUACUAAUACAAACACAAACACAAAGACACAGACACAGACCCAAACUCUGAACAGCGGUGGACGGACUUUAGGUGAUAGCGGUGCAGCGUCAGCCUCGACUUCACCACGAACCCCGAAUGAACUCUCCCCGUCUGCUCUGGCAGCACAAAAGCGAGCUGAAGCUGCUGGGAAGAGAGGCGUACAACAAGGCGGAGGACAACUUGCCAAGAAGUUGGCUGACAGAAACAAAAAAUCUCCUUAUGCUGUUGAAGAACAACUUCCAGAACCAACAAACGCACAAUGGAAUUAAGACGUUCGUUCAAAAAAAGAAUAAAACAUUGUUGACUCCAC